AAUAUUUGCAUAAUAAAAGCCGAGAGCACAAAUCUACCUUUAAAUCCUUGAUAAAACAUAAGGAUAAUCCUGCAUUCUGUUCUAUAAUUGGAUUCUUUUACGAGAACUCGAUUGGAACGGUGCAGGAUAAGCAGGCCGCCUUUGCCUCCUAUAAAAAAUCCGCGGAUAGUGGCGACGCCAUAGGUCAAUACUUCUUGGGUCGCUGUUAUUACGAAGGUCAUGGAAUAAAGACCGAUCGAAAGAAGGCUUUCGAAUUAUUGCAAAAAUCCUCUGAAAAUGGAAAUUCGCGAGGUCAAUGGAUGCUAGGGUUCUGCUACGAACGGGGAUAUGGUACCACCAAAGAUUUAAAGAGAGCAUUUGAACAAUUCCUGCAAAGUGCCGAAGCGGGGAAUGUCACCAGCCAAAUGGAGUUGGGAAGGUGUUAUGAGGAGGGUAUCGGCGUGGAUAAGAAUUUAGGAAAGGCGAUAGAGUGUUACCAACAUGCUUCCGCUCGAGGACAUGUGUUGGCAAAUAAAAAGAUUGAAGCAUUAAAGAAG